AUGGAAGAGGAGGAGCAGCCUGAGGAGCCUGCGCCUACGGCAAAGGAGGCCCAGGAUGCCCUCCGGAUACUGAUUGAGUAUUCUGAAGGCCAGGAUGCCCUUACUACAGGGCAUAUACAGGCACUAGAGCGGCUGCAAACAGCCUUUGAGGCUAUUCAAGCCCAGUCACAGCAGCAGAAAAGCAACUACCUCGCACAUUGGCUUGGCUGCUGUGGUGGCACCAAACCGAGGCAGCGACGACGCAUGCUUGAAGAUUCAGACGACGACGGGACUAGCAAGUAG